CUGUCACAAAGCAACUUCCGGAUCAGAAAAUGGACUCGUCAAACAGCUAGGGACAACGGAAAAGUUCUGUUUAGGAGAUUUGUCUUGUAAAAAAUUGAGAUCCUUGUGUACAUAUGUUAUUUUUAGAAUCUAUUGAGAGAAAGUAAAGCACACGAAAGAUAGUUUGCUUUGUAAAAUGGUGAAAUCAAAAGAUAUUUUAUAAUAGUGCGGAAUAUGGCGGAUCAACAUUCUCAUUUUAACAGCAGUCCAAAUGGACCACAUGAUUUUAAUUCUUACCCACAACCAACACGCACUGGUCCCCCUGGUGGAAUGCAGAACAAAAACUUUACAGGACAGAUGAUGAAUAGGCCUCCCAUGAGUUCCUCAGGCAAUGUGUUACCUACUGCACCGCCUGUGGGAUACAAUGCUUCAUUGAAUGGACACGGCACCCCUCCUCUCAGUAAACCACCCAUGCAGAGAAUGCAACCCCCAGUGGGGUUACCUUCAAAUAGAUUUCAACCUCCAGUGAUGAAUGUGUCUGCUCCAUCCCAGGGAUUUAUUAAUGGCCCACUAAAUAGACCUUCAAAUCCAAAUUCAAUUCAGAAGCAGGCUCCAAAUAUGCCUCACCCUACUAUUUCAUCAUCUGGAAGUUUUCCCACAGGGGUUUCUUCAGCUCCUGUUCCUGGGAUGCCUUAUUCAAGUUCUGCUUCUGCAGUGGACAGUUUCAAUUCUGUCCAGAUUUCAUCUCAUUCAAAUAGUCCUGUUCCCCUAAAUUUUUCUGCUCAACCACCAGGAGGUUUACCAGAACAGAGAACAGACACACCACCAACAGAGGGAGGAUUGCCUGUACCUUUUCAUGGACAAGGCCAAUAUUCUCACCAAGUGGGCAUGUCACUAACUCCUGGAUUAACCCCUAACAAUUCAGAACCAACAUCCCGGAAAUCCUCCAGAGCCCCGUCUCCAUUGGAAACGCAGUCUUACGAGGCAUUAGAAGGAGGGGACUUACCAACGAAAACUGAAAAAGAGAGUUUCCCAGGAUCUGGAGAGGAUAAACAUGGUCAACAGAUUCAAAGCCCUCCUGGUGUUAGUAAUGCAUUCAGUCAAGGAACCACAAAUAGAGGGUCACCAGUCACACAAGUUAACCCGUCAACUGCCAUCGGAGGUCCACCUUCCACACACAGUCCAAAUCCUGCAAUGGGACAAGGUCCACCUAAUCCUUACCAAAGCAAACCUGGACCUCAAGGUCCGAUGAUGGGACAACCAGGAGUAUCCCAUACAGGAACUCCCCAAAGAAUGGGGACCCCUACAUCCUACAGUGGUCAGCAACCAAGACAGCCUGGUCCACCUCAAACAGGAUAUGGUCAACAAGGAAUGGGGGCCCCCAGAAGUAAUGUACCACCUACAGGUGCACAAAGACCCAUGAAUGCACCAAGACCCCCUAUGAGUGCUCAGCCUAAGCCAUAUGGAUCUCCAUCUUUGGGAGGACCCCCUCCAGCUGGGGGUGGAUAUAUGCCACCAACAUCGUUUAGUGGCCAGCAGCCACCAAUAUCAUAUAGUGGCCAGCAGCCACCAACAUCAUAUAGUGGCCAGCAGCCACCAACAUCGUUUAGUGGCCAGCAGCCACCAACAUCAUAUAGCGGCCAGCAGCCACCAACAUCAUUUAGCGGCCAGCAACCUCAAGGGAUUGUGCCACCUUCAUCAAUGCAAGGAUCAUUUCCUCCUACAUCUUAUGGUGGUCAGCAGCCUCCAGUAAGUGGCCCCCCAUCAUCAGUAGGUGGAAGAAUGUAUCUUAAUCAAGGUCCCCCAUCAGGACCCACUGGUGUUCCACUAAUGAGAGCUCCAGUAUCCACAGUCCCAACAAGUGCAUCGUCUCCUGGGAUGCCACCAAUGCCAAGACCUGGGCCACCAACAGGUGGACCCCCUAUGACAGGAGCUUUCUAUCAGCAACCUGGAAUGGCACCUAUAACUUCUAGUGCACCACCAACAUCUUUUGGUGCAACCCAGCAACCUCCCACAGGAUUUCCUCUUCAGACGCAAUCUGGGCAAAUAGGCAGUACUCCCUCUCGACCUAAGUACCCACAAAUGCCUACUUCACCUCCAACAACUUGGCAACCACAGAGCCAAAACCCUCCCCAGUUUUCCCAGCCUGGUAGCUAUCAGCCAAACACACAACCUGGGGUCUACUCUCCAGGUCAGCAGGGGUCAAACCAGCCGGGGGGAGGACAAGGUGUGAUGCCCCCCUCAGCCCCCGGCGGCUUCCCUAUGUCCUCCCAGCCAGGGAACCUUAGUGCCAGCUUUAGUUCUAUGUCAGUACAGGAUAGAGUAGUAAACUUAUUGAACGAGAAAAACCUGCUUCCACCAGAGGGACUAGAAGUAGUGAAACCAAGAUUAAAUAAUGAGUACAAAAAGGUCAAUUGUCAAGCAGAUGUUUUCCGAUGUACAUUAACUGCUAUACCUCAGACUUCAAAUUUACUGAACAAAGCGAGGCUGCCGUUAGGAAUUCUGAUUCACCCAUUUAAAGAUUUGUCACAACUUCCCGUGAUACAGUCCAGUGUGAUAGUGCGUUGUCGAUCCUGUAGGACGUAUAUCAACCCAUUUGUUUUCUUUGUGGAUUCUCGGCGAUGGAAAUGCAACCUCUGCUACAGAGUUAAUGAAUUGCCAGAUGAAUUUUCCUAUGACCCUGUCAGUAAAACCUAUGGGGAGCCCCAAAGAAGACCUGAGAUCAAGUCAUCUACUAUAGAAUUCAUUGCACCAUCAGAUUACAUGCUGCGCCCUCCCCAGCCAGCAUUAUAUCUAUUUCUACUGGAUGUCUCUUUUAAUGCUAUAGAAACUGGGUACUUAAGCAUUUUCUGCCAACUGUUGCUGGAAGAAAUAGACAAGUUACCAAGAGAUUCUAGGACCCAGAUUGGUUUUAUUGCGUAUGAUAGGGCAUUACACUUUUUUAACCUCGCAGAGGGACUGUCACAGCCACAGAUGUUAACGGUGUCAGAUAUUGAUGACAUUUUCCUGCCUUGUCCUGAUAAUCUUCUAGUCAAUUUAAAUGAGUGCAAGGACCUGGUAGUGGAUUUACUGAGUCAGAUGCCUGGUCUCUUUGAAGAAAAUCUAGAGACAGGAAGUGCUUUAGGAGCAGCACUCCAGGCUGCACACAAACUAGUGAGUCCUGUUGGGGGUCGGGUCACGGUCAUGCAGACAGUGCUCCCCACCGCUGGACCGGGGUCUCUACAGUCCAGAGAGGACCCCAGCCUGAGAUCGGGCAAGAAUGUAACAAAUCUUGGUCCAGCAACAGAUUUUUACAAGAAAUUGGCUCUGGAUUGCUCAGCCCAACAAGUAGCAGUAGAUUUAUUUAUGUUAAAUGGACAGUAUGCUGAUAUAGCAUCAAUAUCUUGUAUAUCUAAAUAUUCAGGUGGGUGUGUCUAUCAAUACCCAUCAUUCCAUUCUGUAAAAAAUCCAUCAUUAAUGGAGAAGUUUGAGGCAGAUCUGAGGCGUUAUCUGACGAGGAAGAUUGGAUUCGAAGCUGUGAUGAGAAUCAGGUGUACCAAAGGUUUAAGUAUUCAUACUUUCCAUGGUAACUUCUUUGUUCGUUCCACCGACUUACUCUCAUUACCCAAUGUUAAUCCUGAUGCUGGCUUUGGAAUGCAGAUGUCUAUAGAAGAUUCUUUAGUUGAUACAAAUACUGUGUGUUUCCAAGCAGCUUUGCUGUACACAUCAAGUAAAGGGGAGCGUAGAAUACGAGUCCACACACUUUGUUUACCAGUGACAAAUCAGCUGUCUGAAAUCUACGCCGGGGCCGAUCAGCAGGCUAUAGUAGGACUUCUGGCCAAAAUGGCUGUGGACAGAAGUGUGACCUCUUCCUUGACUGAUGCCCGGGAGGCCCUGAUCAAUGCUGCCAUGGACUCUCUAGCAUCCUUUGGGAGCACUAUUCCUCCAGCUCAGAGAAUAGGAAGUCUACCUAUCUGUUACUCCCUCAGAAUGUUACCAGCAUUUAUUUUGGCUCUUCUAAAAUCAAAGGCUUUCCGUGUUGGCCUGAACACACCCUUAGAUGAGCGUGUAUUUGCCAUGCAGCAGUGUAAGAGCCUGCCAGUCGGACAGCUUCUGAAGAUGCUGUAUCCAGGUCUAUACCCAGUCCAUAGCAUCGAAAACUAUAAUACAGAAAAGAAAGGAGAUUUACUUGUGCCAAAGCCACCAUUACUUCACUUGUCCUCUGCUAACAUUGACCGUACAGGAGUUUACGUGAUGGACACCCUGGACAGUAUUUACCUGUAUGUUGGCAGUGGAGCACCACAAACAUUUAUACAGGAGGUGUUGGACGCACCCAACUUUAUGUCCAUUCCUGAAGGCUUGAUUGACCUGCCAGAACUGGACAAUGAGAGAUCAGAGCUGAUGAGAAACUUCAUCACGGAUUUACUGGACAACAGACCUGGAGGAUCGUGCUUCUAUGUUAUAAGAGAGGACAGUAAGAGACGACUGGAGUUCUUUGAAAAGAUGGUGGAAGACCGAUCGGAGUCCUCCAUGUCUCUGUAUGAGUUCCUACAGCAUUUACAAAAACAAAUCAAGAGUUGAUGUUUGUCUAGAGGGGACCUUCAGCCAAAAUGUGUUGUGUUGAUGUGAUACCAUUUAAUAUUAGGAGUAAAUAUAGGGGUGUAUUUGACUGCUUACUUCCUGUGUCAAAGGUCAAAGGUCGUGUACUGUAAAACAGUUACCUAGUAGUCAAACUGUGAUGGUAUAAACAGACAGGUGUAUUCCUAAACAUUAUAAAAAUAUCAACUUAUGUUUCUACAUGUGUAUUUAUCAUGUACAUGUAUAUUUGAGCUUACAAAGCAUGUGCUGGAUUGAAAAAUUAAGUAACAGAUUUUGUUGAUGUGAUUUGUCUUUCAACAAAUAGAAAUUUUAUGUAGUUUAGUAGUCAUCUAUCAAGGUUGCAAAUAUGAAUGCGGGAGCAAAGGUUGUUCCAGCUAGAGUAUCAGAUUGGUAGUCUUAAGUGUUUCUGGAUCCCUCAAAUCUAGGUUAAAGGGAACUUGCUUAGGCUUAUACUACUGCUCUCCACUGUGCAUAAAAACAUGACUAUGACAUAUUAUGUAUGUUGCUAUAUUUAUUGUGUUAAUUUAUCCAAGUGCAAAAAAAUUCAUGUAAAUGUAUGUAUAUGUGAAGUAAUUUAUCUUUCGUGUAUUGAACACCUUUAUUUUGAAGUACUGCACUUUCAAAAACUUGCUUUGUGCAAUUACAGAUACACAAUUAAUACCAUAUCUCAUUCUUUUUAAAAUUUAUUUAAAAUUCUUUAGUGUAACAAAUAUUUUGCAGGUUUUUAAAAAUAUGUUCUAGUUUUAAAACAUGACUUAUUGGGUUUACAGACCAAAUGCAAGAUUGCAUUAAGGUAGCUAUGUGCUACUGAUAGAUGGUUGAUCUUCAUGCUGUAUAAACCAGUGUGUGUGAGAGAUUAUUAAAUGGUGUAUGUCUCUGGUGCUUUUUCAUGUAAAAUGAAUACCCUUCAUUGUUGAUAUUCCAUUUGCUUUUAUGAUUGGUGGAGAUCUCUUAUGUAAAUAUUGAAGUUUACUGUAUUUGACAAAUGCAAUCUGUGUCAUGUAAUUUUUUUUAGGGAAGAAUAAAUCUAAUAUAAAAGCCCAAAAUAAUAAAAUAGUUCAAAAGUU